UCAUUGAUUCCUUCCUGUUUCGAAUUCUUCCUGGAGACAAGAGACAACCUGACUUUGCAAUACAAAAAACUUGCUGAAAAUCUUCUUGAAGUCUAUAAAUUUUAGCAGCAUGGCAUCAGAAAAAGAACCUGAAAAGGAGCAGCAAACUCCCGGUGACAGCAAGGCAAAGACGUUUCCAGAUUUCCCGCCAUUAGAUCCAGACAAAGUUGCUGCCAUGACACACGAGGAAAAACUGAAACUGAUUGAGAAGGAAGCCCAGACAUUAUAUGAUUUUUGUUUGGAAAAAGGUUUCUCUAGAAGCGACCUUUCUUGGUGCUUGAAACCUCUAUUUGGUAGUCCACCAGAGUACAUCAAAAAAGUCGUGAAGGACAACAAAAAGUUUUGCGUAACUCUCGCUUUUACCUUUGCGUUGAUAGCAGUCGUCGUUGGAUGGCCUCCCGCCUACAACAUGUGCUGUGUUCACGGGAAACUCGCACUUAUGAAGGUGCUCCCUUAUUGGGACUGGACAUAUCUGUAUGAUCAGGACUGUUUGGUGAACAAUCCUUAUGUUGCCCCACAACCGAAUCUCACAAAACAGGAGUGUCAGGCAUGCUUUGAUUUGACAAAAAAUGGGUUGGAAGGAAUAUCGAAUAUAUCUCAUGAUGCCAUGUCCAAUGAAUUCCUUCUUGUUGACUUUCCUGCAAUAGUUGAAGAUGGAACGAAAGGAUGGCCUAAACCUGACUUAAGUGUAGAAGCACUUGCCAAGGAAUAUACAAGUCACAAAGAUUUAGAUGAAGUUGGGGACUGUAGAUUCAAUUCCAGUGUACCAGAUGUUGCAAAUGUUUAUGAUUUUGUUAAUGCUUAUGAUAUGGGGCAGCUACCUAAACAGUAUCAUGCUUUUUGGGAAAACUGUGACUUGAAGGCUGCAAAACAUUUUAGACUAAACUAUAGGAGACCAUACUAUCUUCCACCCAUGGCUGAGGCAGCCAAGAUGAAUACAAUUAUGGUGGCAAAAGGGAUCAGCGAAGACAGCAUUCCUUGGUCUUAUGAAGAUGAUGGUACAUCUGGUCUCUGGCUUACAGUGGUCAAAGGGAAGCUUACUGUUUAUUUGGAACCUAUCGAAGGUUGCUCUGCAUUCAAGGGGUGUAAAGGUGUAAGCGGGGAUUUGAAAAAAGGAGAAGCAAUUGUAGUGCCUCUCCGUCUAUGGCAAGUUGAUAUCUCCCCCGCUGAUGAGGGAGAGACAGUUGCUAUUGGAUCUACUAUGCAAUGGGAUGAAAAUGAGGGUCUACCUGAAGAGGAAGGUGAUGAUGAUAAAAAAGGAGAUGGCGGAAAAGAAUCCAAAUGAAGAGACAGAUAUUGACAUGAAAUUGUGUCAAAUGUUUAGAUCUUGUUUUUUAUAUGGCUCCAACUUGUAAUUCUGACAUUGUUUUGUGUAUUACAAUGCAGAAUAACAUACUAAAUAUUUUAGUUUUUGAUGAGAAAUGGAGAAUGAGCA